CACCUGGCGAAGACCUCCACCGAGGCUGAGCACUUUGCACUCGCGCUUUUCCGACCGUGUGCUGCCCCCCUUCGCCCCCGUUGCAUCCGAGCGAUCGGAGUCGGCCUGACGUGAGUCGACACGUAGCGGCACCCAGAGGAUUGAAUUCGUCGUGUGGGUGUGUGGCCGCCAGCGAGCACCCAAACAGAUGUGGAGUAGCUGACUGAGUUGAAAAUAAGUAUCUUUUUUCCUUAUUUACUAAGCGGAAAGAAUGUCGGAAAGGGCCGAGGAUGACGUCAGGGGGGAGCAGCGCCGAGCGGCCAGGCAGCAGCUGAAGCAGCAGCAGCCGAUCCAGCGGGGAGAAGGCUCCACAGCAAUGGCGACUGUUGCGGAGCGGAGAUCCUUGCCGAGUCCAGAAAUAAUGCUGGGACAGCCUUGGAGCAGCUGGGUCGACGCCGCCAAGCUCCACGGCAAUGACGGUGCUGAAUUGGAGGAAAGUUUCAAAGACUCGGGGAAAAAUCGCGAAGCCAUGCGUUUGUGCAGAGAAGAUAUGUCCAUAUUUGGCCAGUAUCCCGCUCAAGACGACUUCUACCUGGUGAUGUGCAGCCACUGUAGUCAAGUUGUCAAGCCCCAAGCCUUCCAAGCACAUUAUGAGAGGAGACAUAAUUCGCCCAUCAAGUCAGCAUCCAGCUCACCCUUCCCUUUGCCAGGGAGGAACCGGAGUAGUAACAGUGGUCUCGGGCCUGGAUUGGGCCCAGGGUCUGUUUCUGGAUUGACGAGUGGUGGGAUCCUUGGUCGAACUUCUACUGCAGCAUCUAGCAUAUAUUCCUCUUCAACAUCAUCCUCAUCCUCCUCCAAUCCCAAACUACUCAAACCAGCCAAAGACAAACUGCCCGGCAUACAGCGAAGACCUCCCUUUCCUUCCUUCAGGACGGUCCAGCCAGACAAGAUCCUUACCCCGGCUGUCAAGGUGGAGAAGAUGCUUCUGAAUUUGGACUCGUCAGCUAAGCUGGUGCAGGCCCCUUCUGCUCCCACAACCACCUCAUCCUCCUCUACAUCUUCCUCUAGCACCACCGUGAGCUCCAACACUACCACCACCAUCACCACCUCCUCAUCCUCAGCCCUUAAACCAGGCCUUAACUGUCCCUCCAUACCAAAGCCUCCCUUACCGACACUGGGACAGGUCCCUAAUGGCAAAGGCCACUUGUCUGUCUCGGACAAGAAGCAGGACAACAACAACAACAACAGCAGCAGCAGUGCUGGUAGCAGACGCCACUUUAACAAGAAACUGACAGAGCGUGAGUUCAAUCCAGACAUCCACUGUGGCGUUGCGGAUGUGACAGCACGGAAACCCUGCACAAGAUCCCUAACAUGCAAGACACAUUCCUUAAACCAGCGGAGGGCAGUGCCAGGGCGGAGGAAACGCUUUGACACAUUGCUGGCAGAGCACAAGAACAGAACAAAAGAGCGGGAGAGGGAGAAGGAGAGAGAUCACCACCAAACCCAUUCCCAGCAAAACCCCCCUCUCAGGGACCCACACCCCUCCCUCCAGCUCCCCGCUUCUCAUGAUGUCCACCCGGUGGCUCAUGGCAACGGACCCACCCCAGAAGCCACAAGACCAAAAUUUCACAGCCCUGGUGUUCCACGGCUAAACAACACACAUGGGGCUGGUACCCCCGUAGACCCUGCAGCGGUCCACGAGUCACCGCACCAUCCCCAAAGUGCUCCCGAUGGGUUUUCUCGAGCCUCUAGUGACGAGGGAGAGAACGAGGAGCGUGAAGAGAGCGCUGACAAACUGCACUGUCACUAUUCAGGUUAUCACCCUCGACCGGUAGCUUACUGUACGUUUGGAAGUCGACUGUUCGGGAAAGGCUGUUACUCCUUUGACAGACGAUGGGACAGAAUGCGAUGUGCCCUCUCCCCGAUGAUGGACAGGCACGUCAACUCUCAGAUGUGGAAGAAAAUCCCCUUGGCCUUGGAGAACAGCUCCUCUUUUGCACCUGCCCAUAGGACAAGCACAAAUUCCCACGGUAGCACCCCGUCUUCAGGCUUCCUGGGCCCACCUUCGACCUUGACCCAGACCCCUUACAGCCAAUCACACGAGGGCAAGCCUCUGCUCCCCUAUGGGACCACCUUAAAUGCCCGCAGCUGUCCGCAAGGAGGGUCUGAGCACCCGGCCUACGGCACCACGCAGGCCCGACAAGUGUCUUCGUCGCCGCAGAUGCCUUCAGCUCAUUUGUCCUCCUCCACUUCCCCCUCAGCCUCUUCCCUUGCCUCAGGCCGGGCGCUUAAGUCCCGUCCUUCCAGCAGCAGCACUACAAAAUCAGUGUCCUUCAGGCCCAAAGAGAUCUCCACUGGCUCCUCCACACCUGUUAUCCCCACCUCUGUGGGUGGGGGGAGCAUCGGAGCCAACAGUCACAGUAGCAGCACCAGCUUCAGCUCGGGAAAGAAGAGGAAGAAUAGCUCUAUCCUCUCGUCGUCCCAUAGCUCCUCCGAACCUCCAAAUGCCAACUAUUCUCCCUCGUCCUCUUUCAAAAAGAACUGUGCAAAUGUGGGCAGCUCAGGGAGCACCUACCACCACAGCUCACUAGGUUCUUCUUCUUCAUCGUUAUCCUCCUCCCACAGUGGAGUCCACAGUGUAGGCCUCAACUGUGGCCCUAGUGUGCGCACAAACUCCCUCAGCCUCAAGGCCGAGCUUUCCGGAGGAUCGGCGGGCAGCUCCUCGGGCCCGCCGGCACGAGGUCCUCCCUCGGGCAGUUCCGCCGAGUCCAUCAAGCGCAUGAGCGUGGUGAUGAACAGCAGCGACUCCACCCUCUCGCUGGGGCCUUUUGUUCACCACCAGUCAUCAGCCGAGCACCACACCAGCUUCAGCCACCACUCCUCAGACGGGCGCCUGGAGAGCAAAAAACGCAAAAGCUCUCCUGCCUCCAGUGGUCUUAAUAGCGGCGGCGGCGGAGGACUUGGACCGGGUAGACCCAAGGUGGCCAAGUCACCUGCCGUUAACAACAUCCACGGGAAGCAUGGGCGGAGCAUUCCAGCGGCGCCAGGGCUACCAAACAACUCCCACUUACAUCAGCCGAAGGCUCGUCCCUGACAGCGGCAUCCGCCCGCGGCGCUUUCGGAGGCGGCCAGGGACGGUGGGCGGGGCAUAGCCCUGGACCGUACGAGGCCUUCUUUGACGGAAAAAAUCCACAUUACUCUCAAGUUUCCCACAAUCCUCAGGGUGGAGAUGAUCCUGAGCGCCAGUGAAGUCUGUGCUGUCGUGUCCCAAAGCCAUGUCUCCACAGUGGGGGGGCGAGUCAAGUCACCUGGGUGGGUGGAUCUUGUCCUAGUGGUCUGUGAGGUCUUCCAGAUGGUCGGAUGCUGGGCACGUUGGACCGAGACAAGCCGAUCUCUUCCGUGUGUGUGUGUGUGUGAGAGAGACAGUAAAAGUGUGUGUGUGUGUGUUUCUCAUGUCAGAAUCUGCUGACUACUGGAAUUUCUGACUAACUUUCACCCCCCAGCCUGAUCUCAGCAGCCUUGACAGGAGCGCAGGAGGAGCAUCAAAUGUUCCACUUUAAAGACAAACAAUCGCUUUGCUUCAUCCAGCCCGGUUCCUUUUUUUGUUGUUGCUUGUUUUGGCUUAAUUCCCCCCAAGCAUUAUUAUGCAAGUGUUACCUUUUUAUCUAUUUUUUUUUUCUUAGGAGCUUUUACACUGAACUUACAAAAGAGUCUUUGUAGAACGGGGUCACCUGACGAGACCGUUUUUUUGACUUUCACGGCGUGCGGAACCACGGUAAGACCUGCUCCCCCCCAACUGUGAACAGCACUUAAGAACCCACACGCCCAAAGCUGCUUUGCCGACUACCCAUGGUGCAUUGCCUGUGUCCACGCGAGUUGUUGCCACGACGAUGUCCAGCAUCACGAUGACUGUGGAGAAUCGACAUGUGAAUUGUACUGUCCCAGCCCCUCCCCCCCACCUCCCAUAGGGAAUCAGGUAUGGUACGUCUUAACUGGAGGAAAACCUUAUGCAUGUUUUUUGUUCCUGUUAGUGGUUUAGCAGGACCCCAAAACACUGGACUUUCAUUUUGAAGCCAACCUUUGUACUGUGGAAGUCCAAAGUCCUAAAUCAGGCUGUGCUCGGUAGACCUUUUGAGCGGCUCUGCGGUUAGCAGACUCAUGCAGACGGCUUCACAGGACGAGUGUAGACCCCCCCCACUGAUGUCAGUUAAAGGCUGCGUUCACACUGCAGGGUCCGAUGUCCCAUUCAGAUUACUUGUUAGGGGCCGUUCAGUACAAAAAAGUAUCCAAAUCCAUAAUGUUUAAGUUUUAAACAUACAAAAUUAGCUAAAAAGCUAGCCUAAAACAUUAACAUACUUCAAAAUGUAUGAUUUCUAAGUAUAAACAAACUAAAUUAGCUAAAAAGCUAGUAUAACGCCUUAGAAUGCUAAUAUAAGAGACAUUAGCAUACUUCAAAAUGUAUGAUUUCUAAGUAUAAACAAAAAAAAUGUGCUA